UGGCAUGGGUGAAAUCUCACGUGAUCUUCGUAUAAAACGACUAAAAACUCGGUGGGAAUGACUCCCUAGGCCUUCAAAACGCUAGAAAUAGUCUACGGGCCCAUAUCUACCUGCUCCCAUAGACCUCAUAAUAUGCACCUUUAUUCGUCCACGCUAGAAUUUCGUUCAUACGCGAUUUCACGAUUUGUGUCGUCAUAUUCUUUAUCUUCUACCCGCUAUCUCCUUACCAGUACCAGUUCAAGCACUUAUUUUUUCACUGAACGUCUCCAAUUUCGUCAUCGUUCCCGCAAGUCACUACGGUAGAUUGUGGAGCUCUUCCAUGGUUGACACUGAACAACGCCAUUCAGCAUCAGUGAGCCGCGCACAUGCGCCAGGCAAGGACGCUGUGCGCGCGUGUAUCACUAAGUACGGUAGUACUUAGUAUAUAGGGAUGGGUAUGGUACCUAGCAUCAUAGAUGUACAAGUAAAUUAAAAAUCCUGCGAAUUAAAAAAAAGAGGCAUAUAGGGAUCGUAUAAAAAGAAAGGAAAAAGAAACUACCGUACUUAGUGAUAGGGCUAUGAUAGGGAAUUUUGUUCAUCAUCAUCAUCUUCUUCUUCUUAAACCAGCAUAACUCAAAAAGCGAAAGAGAUAAAGCCAUGAAAUUUUGUGCAGGUGGCGGACUAGAAACCAGUAUGCAAUUUGGAGUGGCCUUACCAGGGCGAGUUGACAGACCUGCAGAGGAACUCUCAGCCUCCAGCGCCUUCUGGAAAAAAGAUGGAAGAACACCGACGCAAUUGCUUCUUUUCUGAAGAGUGCAAUAAAUUUCAAUUGGAUAGUCACGAACAAAAUGACUUUGAUGACUUUAAUUUGGAGAACAGAGUAAAUGCUCUGGAAUCAUUUUAUACCGAAGAUGGUGCCAAUGCAGCAACAAAUUAUGUAGAAGAUGGGGCAAAUGCACCUGAGAUAUCGUAUGCAGAAGAUGGAGAAGGGGCACCCGAAUCACCAUACAAAGAAGAUGGUGCAUCUGCAGAAAAUACUUUUUCUUCACAAGUGAAAUGUGAAGCUAAUACAGAAGAUGGAGCAUGUGCCCCUGAGAGCAGGUCUAGAGAAGCCUCUUUUGGAAAAGAAGACAUUUCUGAACAGCCCAAAUAUGCUGGACUGGGAGAAGGGCAUUCAAAAAUUUUGACAUCUGCUUGUGAUGCAUAUAAUAGUAGUAUGGUCGAACCAAUGGAUAAAGCGCAAGAAUAUGGUAGCAAAACAGAACAUGGCACAAGCAGCAAACAACAAAGGAAUGUGGAAUCAUUAAAUGGACCCGUUUUCGGAGAAAGUAAGCUGUUGCAACCAUCAUCAACAUCAGCCGAAUCGGACGAUGGAAUGUUUUCAACCAGUGCAAUUUUAUGUCCAGCUGGGUUAUAUUGCACUGACCUUGUUAAUCACUCUCGUUCAACCAAGAAUUUAUCUUUUCCCUCUCCAAUGACUGGAGGUACUGAGUCAAUCUCAAGUAAUAAGUUUUGUAUUCCUGGUCCCGGGCGAUGAGAUGCAUGUUCACACUGAAAAAGUCUCACUUUCCACUCCCCCCGACACAGAUUAUUGCACCUUCCCAGCAUGUGGUUGUGGGGAGAAUAAUAAGUGCCAUUGUCGGCAGCCUAAACACGAUUUUAGUUCUGAGGAAGAAAAAGCUGCCUCAGAGAAAUCUGGUCAACUGCAGCACCAUCCACUGCAUUCUGCAACAACCCAAUCCAAUUUUUAUGAUACCAGUUUCCUACUAGAAGCUAUUGAGGAGAGUCAAAUCUGUUCAGAAUCCCAGAUUUGUGUAGGGACAUCCCAAGUUCUUGAUGCCACUAGACUAGCUCACGAUAAGAACGAAACCAUUCAGGGUAUCCCUCAUCAGCCAACAACCCAGAAUUCCCCUGCUGCAGAACCGUGUCAGAGCUUACAUGCUUGCAUUACUCAUGAAUCAAUGGCACCUCAAACUUUUGAAGGUAGAGAUGAAAUGGUCCUUUCACACAACGUGGUACUCACUGACUUGGCAA